AAGCGAGAUCUCUCCGCGGGACAAGAUGCCGCUCUUCGGGAAGAAGGACUCGAACAAGAAGAUCAAGAAGGACGGGAAGGAUGAUCGGUCGCCCUCCGUCGAGGACAAGUAUAUCCUGAAGGACCUGCUGGGCACAGGAGCGUUUUCCGAGGUGAGGCUGGCGGAGAGUAAGGAGAAACCCGGCCAGAUGUUUGCCGUGAAGAUCAUCGACAAGAAGGCACUAAAGGGCAAGGAGGACUCCUUAGAGAACGAAAUCAAAGUUCUGCGAAGGUUCAGUGAAAGUGUGACACCACAGAGUGGUGAUGGAUCGCUCAAGUCGGAUAGUAGUGGCGAAAGAAAAUGGUUAACACACCCAAAUAUUGUUCAGUUGCUGGAAACAUUUGAGGAUAAACAUAAAGUCUACUUAGUUAUGGAGCUGGUCACUGGCGGAGAACUGUUCGACAGAAUCGUCGAGAAAGGUUCCUACACAGAGAAAGACGCGUCCGGCUUAAUAAGACAAGUGUUGGAGGCAGUUGACUAUAUGCACGACCAAGGUGUCGUUCACAGAGAUCUGAAGCCGGAGAAUCUCCUAUAUUAUAGUCCAGAUGAGGACAGUAAAAUCAUGAUCAGCGAUUUCGGCCUAUCGAAGAUGGAAGAUUCUGGGAUUAUGGCGACCGCUUGCGGUACGCCGGGAUACGUUGCACCUGAAGUUCUGGCACAGAAGCCGUACGGCAAAGCAGUGGAUGUCUGGAGCAUAGGGGUCAUCUCGUACAUCCUCUUGUGCGGAUAUCCUCCGUUUUAUGACGAGAACGACGCCAAUUUAUUCGCACAAAUACUGAAAGGUGAAUUUGAAUUUGACUCACCGUACUGGGACGAUAUCAGCGAGUCUGCGAAGGAUUUCAUUCACAAGCUGAUGUGCGUCAACGUUGAUGAGCGUUACACCUGCAAACAAGCCCUCGCACACCCCUGGAUAUCCGGCAACGCGGCUAGCAAUAAAAACAUCCACGGUACAGUAUCGGAACAGCUUAAAAAGAAUUUUGCCAAGUCGAGGUGGAAGCAAGCUUACCACGCGGCAACGGUUAUACGUCAGAUGCAACGGCUGGCGCUCAACAGCGGCCAGCAGCAGCAGCAACAGCAGCAGCAGUUGUUGCAACAGCAACAGCAGCAGGACACAGGCUCGACCGGGCUCUCCAGCGGCAACUCCAUGCAAUAUCGAGAGCAGUCGCAGAUCAACACCAAUUAUCAGCACACGCCGCUGGGGCCCUCGGGCAAUCUCAACUGAAACCACCGCGCGAGCCGUUGCUCGUGUCAACAAGCGUGAUGUUUUCGAAUCUCACUCGCAUUCCAGCCGCUCUCACCACCACCACCACGACCACCAC